AUGAGCAACCUUCUCAAUAGAAAGCCGGCGACUACCGGCCCGCCGGUCAUCUUGGAGACAAGUUACACUUCCAAAGAGGUCCCCAUCCCGGAUACGUUCCUCACCACUCCGCCGCCAGAUGCCGAACCAAUCACCGCGAAUAUUAUCGAUUUCUCUUCGUCUUCGUUGCCCGAAUAUAAAGACUAUUAUGCGGUUAUUCUCGACAAUGUCCUUAGUCAGUCAGAAUGCGCCCAGUUGCUUUCCCUAGCGGAGCAGAGCGUAGAGACUGGUGAGCCCUGGAAACCUGCACUUGUCAGUGUUGGCCCAGGGCGCGAAGCAUUAAUGACAACCUACCGCAACUCGGACCGAAUAAUUUGGGAUAAUGACGUGAUUACAUCUCGUCUCUUGGAGAGGUGUUUCCAGGCCGAUGGAAUCAGGAAGCGGUUAAGUGUCAUCGCCGGAGAGCAAUAUAGGGGCAUCUUGGGAGCCUGGGCACUAGAGAGCGCACAGAGCUGGCAGGUUGUGAAGCUGAAUGAGCGCAUGCGAUUCUUACGCUAUACCAAUGGGCAGUUUUUUAAAGCUCAUUGCGAUGCACCCUACACCACGGGAAACCAAUGCACGUUUUACACUUUACAGUUAUACCUCAGCGACGGCAAGGAGGAUGAAAGGAAGCGGCUUGUCGGAGGGGCAACUACAUUUUGGUCUAGAGAUGAGCGGAGGCGACUGGAUGUCCACCCAAAACCAGGCAGAGUGCUGAUAUUUCAGCAUCGUGGCCUAUACCACUCUGGGGAUCAGGUUUUGCAAGGUGUGAAGUAUACCAUGAGGUCGGACAUCUUGUAUAAACCGGAAACACAGGGGAAAUAG